AUGGCCGAGUACCAGCCACUUGAGAUUGACACCCCCAUACGGCCACCAAAGCGCCGUCUGCCCGCCCGUCCACUCGUAAUCGGCGCCGCAGUCGGCUUCGUAUUCCUCAUACUCCUCGGCUCGAGCCACGAACCCUCGCGACAGGCCGUCUCGACCGGCUUGACGAAGGCGAAGGAGUAUGGGUCGAAGCUGAACGGAUGGGCGGAGGAUUUCGAGGCGUCAUACGGGCCGAAAGGGAAGGGAACGCUGCGACUCGAGGAAGAAUACGCCUUGCCCUCGCGCAAAGCCCUCCGCCGGAUCGUCGGCAGCGACCCGAAGUACCUCGUAAAGGACGGCUGGGCGACUUAUGGCUAUAACAACGGCCGGUACAUGCUCGAGGCGACGCUGCUGAUGGCCAAGAUUGCAGGACGGAUACCGGUCAUCCCUGAUUCGGUGUGGGCCAGGUCAUGCGCGACGGACGCCGAGACGUGUGAGGGACAUGCGCUGCGCUACUUCGAGCACCGCAACGAGCACCGGGAUGUCGUUGGCGCGAAGUGGAAUGACGAUGGAGCCGCGUACAAGCUGGGUAUCGAGAACUUCCUCGACAUCCCGCACCUCCGCAAGACGUACGGCCCGCUCCUGACCUACACCGAAUACCUCCACCUCUACUCGAUCGACCCCUCGCUGUACGACGAGUCGCUGCGAUGGAACGUCACCAACUACAGCCCUCCCGGCCUGACAACGGUGACGAUGACUGAGCAAGAGUUCCAGGACCGCACGUUUGUCCGCGUCGACCGGCCGCCUCGCAUGCGGAGCAAGGAGGACAUUAUGGCGGAUUUGCCGCGUCUGGCUGGCGAAGGAGGCGACGUCCCUCGGUUGAGCGCCGAGACGGUUAAGCUCGCGCUUGGAGCGAAGCCCGCAUGGUCGCUCACGGCUGCGCGAGACGCACUCAAGCGACGAGGCGAAGACAAGGUCGCAGCAGACGAUGAGCGGUUCGUCUGGCAACUCGAAGAAGCGGGCGCCGUCCUGCUAUGGACAUACAGCGACGAAGUCCUGAUGAACAAAGCGAUGGCCCGCCCUUCGACCGAAGUCGCUCUCCCCUCCACGAUCCGGCCACUCUCGACCGCCCUCUCUUCCCCUCCUUACUCGAAUGCCUCGAUAGUCUACCUCACCGGCAACCUCCACGACCAACGCAAGCCCGGCGGCUUGUACUUCACCUCCCCUCUCGAGCGGGACUCGUACACCCGCCUGAUCCUCUCCUCCAUUCGCGCGCCUCCUCGAAUCCGCAAACUGGGCGCUCGACUGGCGGAGAAGAUGAGUGCGCAAGUUGAGGGGCGGAGAUGGGUCGCUGCGCAUCUCAGGCGGGGCGAUUUCGUCAACAUCGCGUGGGCGCCGGAACGCGAUCCGGUACGGCACUUUGAGCGGACGAAGGAGGCGCUCGAGCGGGGGAAAGAGGUCUUGCGCACGCACUUCGGCGACGACGGGCGCUUACCCCGGCCGGACGACCCGUUCUACCUCGCGACAGACGAGACGAACGCCACUUCCCUCUCGUACUUCCGUUCCCGCGGCGCGAUCCUCCUCUCCGACCUGCUCACUCCGCAGGACUCGGCUCUCCUCGGCCCUCCAGCGGCAUACACCGACGUCCUCGCCGUCGUCGAACAACAAGUCCUCGCGCGGAGCGACUACUUUGUCGGCAGCGAGAUGAGCUCGACGAGUGGAGGGGCGGUCAAUGCGAGGUUGGCGAGGGGUGAGGAGGAGUGGAGUUGGGGACUUUUGGGGCGUGAGGAGGGGAGGAGGGCGAGGAGGAGGUGGAAGGCGUAG